CUUGCUCGCCCCCUGCCCCUAUUUAAAUUCUGGGGUUCCAGGGACAUCUGUGCAGUGAGUUUCGCGGACGCUUUCACGCGAAAUGGGAGCCGGUGAGGCCCCGGCAUUUUGGAGAACCUCGGCAGCCUCGAGGAGUUUGCGCCGAGGACGGGGGCAAGACGUCCGAGUUGACAGCGCCGGCGGGGCGGCGAGGUGGCGGGGCUCGGCACCACCCACCUCGCGGAGGCCGGGCAGGCUUGCCUCUUCUGGGUCCGCCUCCUAGGCGGGGCCGGGGGCGAGGGUGUGUGCAGACACGUGUGUGUGUGUGUGUGUGUGUGCGCGCGCGCGCGCGCGUAUGUGGACAUGUGUGUGUGUGUGUGCGCGCGCCGAGACGUCGGGGGUGUCGGGGUUGGGACGUCCGGGGGCAGGUGAGACUUCGAGUCAUAUGUGAACGUGUGGAGUGGGCAAACCAGGACAACCAGACCGAGAGGAACAUGUGUAACCUGAAACAGAUCUGCAAGGUGUGGUGGAAUACUUCUGGCUCCUAGUCCAUAGUCAAGUGUGUGACCUGUGAGAUUCUGCAUUUUUGUUUUGGCCCCAAAUUUAUUUAAAGCCCGAAUUUGGAAGUACCUGAAAAGCACUGAAGGUUUUCAACAUCGUCUUUUCCUACUGUUGAAAGAGACCCUCUACAUGUAUACAAUAUUCAGGCUACAUGAUUCCCUGAAAGAUAAGAACAAUGUUAUGUUGGGGAUAUUGGUCUCUGGGCCAACCUGGUAUCAGCACCAACCUGCAGGGAAUUGUGGCUGAGCCCCAGGUGUGUGGGUUCAUAUCUGACAGAAGUGUCAAGGAAGUGGCCUGUGGUGGAAACCACUCUGUGUUUCUGCUGGAAGAUGGGGAAGUUUACACAUGUGGUUUGAACACCAAGGGGCAGCUGGGCCAUGAGAGGGAAGGAAACAAGCCAGAACAAAUUGGCGCUCUGGCCGAUCAGCACAUCAUUCAUGUGGCAUGUGGAGAGUCCCACAGUCUGGCCCUCAGUGACCGGGGUCAGCUGUUUUCUUGGGGUGCAGGGAGUGAUGGUCAACUAGGACUCAUGACUACUGAGGAUUCUGUGGCAGUGCCCAGGUUAAUACAAAAGCUGAACCAGCAGACAAUAUUACAAGUUUCCUGUGGCAACUGGCAUUGCUUGGCUCUUGCAGCUGAUGGCCAGUUCUUCACCUGGGGAAAGAACAGCCACGGGCAGCUUGGCUUAGGGAAGGAGUUCCCCUCCCAAGCUAGCCCGCAGAGGGUGAGGUCCCUGGAGGGGAUCCCGCUGGCUCAGGUGGCUGCCGGAGGGGCUCACAGCUUUGCACUAUCUCUCUCAGGAGCUGUUUUUGGCUGGGGGAUGAAUAAUGCAGGACAGCUAGGGCUCAGUGAUGAAAAAGAUCGAGAGUCUCCAUGCCAUGUAAAACUCUUACGCACACAAAAAGUUGUCUAUAUUAGUUGUGGAGAAGAACACACAGCAGUUCUAACAAAGAGUGGAGGUGUGUUUACUUUUGGUGCUGGUUCCUGUGGACAACUUGGACAUGACUCCAUGAAUGAUGAGGUUAAUCCUAGAAGAGUUCUAGAGCUGAUGGGUAGUGAAGUAACUCAGAUUGCUUGUGGCAGACAACAUACCCUAGCCUUCGUGCCUUCUUCUGGACUCAUCUAUGCAUUUGGUUGUGGAGCAAGAGGUCAAUUAGGAACUGGGCACACUUGUAAUGUUAAGUGCCCAUCUCCUGUCAAGGGUUACUGGGCCGCCCACAGUGGCCAGCUUACAGCCCGAGCUGAUCGCUUUAAAUAUCAUAUCGUUAAGCAGAUCUUCUCUGGAGGAGACCAAACUUUUGUACUUUGCUCCAAAUACGAGAAUUCUUCUCCUGCUGUUGACUUCAGGACUAUGAACCAAGCACAUUAUACCAGUUUAAUAAAUGAUGAAACCAUAGCAAUGUGGAGACAAAAACUCUCAGAACACAACAAUGCAAAUACAAUCAAUGGUGUUGUUCAGAUAUUAUCUUCUGCAGCCUGUUGGAAUGGAAGUUUUCUUGAAAAAAAAAUUGAUGAACAUUUUAAAACAAGUCCCAAAAUCCCUGGGAUUGACCUGAACUCAACUAGGGUGUUGUUUGAGAAGUUAAUGAGCUCUCAGCACUCCAUGAUUCUAGAACAGAUUUUAAACAGCUUUGAAAGUUGCCUGAUUCCCCAAUUGUCAAGUUCACCACCAGAUGUUGAAGCCAUGAGAAUCUAUUUAAUAUUACCUGAGUUUCCCCUACUCCAGGAUUCCAAGUAUUAUAUAACAUUGACUAUUCCCUUGGCUAUGGCCAUUCUGCGGCUGGAUACAAACCCCAGCAAAGUACUAGAUAACUGGUGGUCUCAGGUAUGCCCGAAAUAUUUCAUGAAGCUGGUAAACCUCUAUAAAGGUGCAGUCCUUUAUCUACUGAGGGGAAGAAAGACAUUCUUAAUUCCCGUACUGUUUAACAAUUAUAUUACAGCAGCUCUCAAACUCUUGGAGAAGUUAUAUAAGGUAAAUCUUAAAGUGAAGCAUGUGGAAUAUGAUACAUUUUACAUUCCUGAGAUUUCCAAUCUCGUGGACAUUCAGGAAGACUACCUCAUGUGGUUCUUGCAUCAAGCAGGAAUGAAGGCGAGACCAUCAAUAAUACAGGAUACUGUAACACUUUGUUCUUACCCUUUCAUCUUUGAUGCUCAAGCCAAGACCAAAAUGUUACAGACAGAUGCUGAACUACAGAUGCAGGUGGCUGUCAAUGGAGCCAACCUGCAGAAUGUCUUCAUGCUUCUCACCCUGGAGCCUCUGCUGGCCAGAAGCCCCUUCCUGGUCCUUCACGUUCGCAGGAACAACCUUGUUGGAGAUGCCCUAAGAGAGCUGAGCAUUCAUUCUGAUAUUGAUUUGAAAAAGCCUCUCAAAGUAAUCUUUGAUGGUGAAGAAGCAGUGGAUGCUGGCGGUGUUACAAAGGAAUUUUUUCUUUUGCUGUUAAAAGAACUUUUGAAUCCCAUCUAUGGAAUGUUUACCUACUAUCAAGAUUCAAAUCUCUUGUGGUUUUCAGAUACGUGUUUUGUAGAGCACAACUGGUUUCACUUGAUUGGCAUAACCUGUGGAUUAGCUAUCUACAAUUCCACUGUGGUUGAUCUCCACUUUCCAUUGGCUCUCUACAAGAAGUUACUUAACGUGAAGCCUGGCUUGGAAGACUUAAAGGAGUUGUCACCCACUGAAGGAAGGAGUCUCCAAGAGCUCUUAGAUUACCCCGGGGAGGAUGUUGAGGAGACUUUCUGCCUCAACUUCACGAUCUGCCGAGAAAGCUAUGGAGUGAUUGAACAGAAGAAGCUAAUACCUGGGGGAGAUAAAGUGACUGUGUGCAAGGAUAACAGGCAGGAAUUUGUGGAUGCUUAUGUGAAUUAUGUCUUCCAACUCUCAGUUCAUGAAUGGUACGCAGCCUUCUCUAGUGGCUUCCUAAAGGUGUGUGGUGGCAAAGUACUUGAGCUCUUCCAGCCUUCAGAACUGAGGGCUAUGAUGGUGGGGAACAGCAACUACAACUGGGAAGAACUGGAAGAGACUGCUAUCUACAAGGGAGAUUACUCGGCCACACAUCCCACUGUAAAACUAUUUUGGGAAACAUUUCAUGAGUUUCCAUUGGAAAAGAAGAAGAAGUUUCUCUUGUUUCUGACAGGCAGCGAUCGGAUUCCCAUCUACGGCAUGGCCAGCCUACAGAUUGUCAUCCAGUCUACAGCCAGCGGGGAGGAGUACUUGCCGGUGGCCCACACUUGUUACAACCUUCUUGACCUCCCCAAGUACAGCAGCAAAGAGAUUCUGAGUGCACGGCUGACCCAGGCUCUUGACAACUAUGAAGGGUUUAGUUUGGCCUGAGGCUCCUCAGCUUGUCCAAGAUUUCCCUUCCUUCCUCAAUGUAGACAUACAGAAAAUCAUGGGGAGUGAUUUCUAUUUUUUUAUUGUCUAAGUGGAUUGGGACUUUUAAAUCCUGAGCCUGGUUGAUGUAUUUCUGGGAUUGUAUAGCAGUAAACAACCUUUUUGAAAAAUUAGGGGUUGGGGAUGGGGUAAAAAAUUGGCACUUGUAUGGGAGGUGUUUUUAUUUUUGUUUCAAACCAAACUACCCAGUGUUCCUUGCACUUGUGAAUGUGUUGCACUCUGCUGGAUAAAAUGGCAGUGGAUUUUUAAACUUUCAUUUCCCAAAAGUCUCUCUCAGCCCUGAUCUCUUCUUACAAUGCUUCCUUGUCCUUCUCUUAACUUCUCAUUCCUCUAUAAGAAUGAUUUUGACUGAUCUGUCCUUUCUUAUCUGCGCAUGCAAGAAUAUCACCUUCCUUGUACCCUUGGAAACACCCCUGGCUUGUUGCAGCCCUCCUUUACCCCAAAGGAGGAAAGGACUGCUUCAGAAACUCCCAAGUCCAAAAAGCUGUGUCUGGGUCCAUCACUCUGGCAGAAGUCCUAAGAAUUUAUGGGAGCCUAUAUAAACAUAUCUUGCUUUUAAAAAGUUCUUGAGGGAAGAGCAACUUUCCCAUGGCUGUGCCUAUUUCCUAGACCUUCUAAAGAUGUGCAGAGCAGCUUAGCAUUCAUUGCAGCUGAACCUAAUUUUGUUUCUUGUUCAUCAUUGUCCCUUUGACAAUAAGGUUAAUUGAUUGGCCCACCACUCCUGUCUUGCUCCAAAGGAGCAAGUUGCAUUAACUAUUUUGUGUCUCUAUAUUGUCCAAGGAAAGUAGAAAUAAUAAAUUUCCUUACCCUUUUUCUAUCACCUUAUGUCGUCUACCACUUUCUCCUUCCUCCCUUCAUUUUCUCCUUUUCGUACCCUGCGUCCUCCCUGAUUUUCCUUUUGUUUCUUCUUUAUUUUAUCCCAUUCUUUGUUUCUUGACUCAAUGCUCCUUCCUCCUUCUAGUGGUUGCAUGCAGCCUUUUUCCCCCAAUUUUUAUUUCAAUUUCAAAAUUUUUACUCAAAUUUUUUUCCUCUUCCCUAAUUGCUGAGACUUAAGGACAUUCUUUAUUAUGAACCUUUAUCACAUUUGAAAUGUUUGUUUACAGUGGGAUUUUAGGGGGGAUUGUGUUUAAAUCAAAUAUAUGUAUUUUAAAAAUAAUGACAUGCUCAACCUUCCUUAUCAUGGAGUAAGAAAAUUCUACAUGAUUAAAGAAUCCAUGUAAGUCUAAUUUUAAAUUCCUAGUAACUAGAGAAAAUAUUUAUAUAAAAUGAAGUAUUUAUGAACUGUGAUAAAGCAUCAAAUCUUGAUGAAGGAUUGUAGAUUUUUGCUUUUUCUUUUUGUUUUUUAAAACCUAUUCCAAUGACUAAAUUGGUAGUUUUUCAGUCUUUAUAAAUACAGGAUUAAAAAUAUAUAUACAGCUAUAUGAAAUGUUUAUUUUCUAUGUGUGUGCAUAUAGUUCAAUAUUAUGCAAUAAAUUUGGUGUUUUAACUUAAAA